GCAGCGCAGAGAGCGGAGCGAAGGCUGCGAGGUUUAGCAGCCCCUCCGUGUGCCCCUCUCCUCUCCCCCACGAAGGGCCACACUGCUGCUUCUCUCUGCUUGUUCCCCUCUGCUGCUCAGGAGUCUCCUCCGCCUUUCUUUGCACAGCAAGUUAGGGAGGAACGUCACUUUCUUUUCUAUAGGAUGUGCAAGCAAAGCCCUUUAGCAGCCCCUCUAAGGGCUUUUACAAGGGGCGGCACGUGUCUUGUGUAGCUGAAGGGUGCUCAGGCUGCAGCUCCCAGGGGAUGUGGUUGACGAUCUGAGCAGCCCGGCUCAGCAUCUCAGAUCCCCCCCGGCUCCGAGAAACGACAGGGAUGCUUUGUCACCGCAGGUGCUCUCGGAACCAGAAUUACUCGUAGUCAAACAGAGGUGACAGUCGGUAAACAGAAAUGUUGCAAGUAGGGUUAAUCAUUCACAAGCACAAAUAAGCCUAAUAAUUUACAAGCCCCACCUGUUGUGGAGCUGUUACAGAGCAAUUAGUGUUUGCUACCUAUUGCUUUUGGAUCACUUGCUGCGCUGUCAGGCGUUGCUGCUAGAACUCUGGCUUGUUAUGCAGCCAGCAAUCAGAAUGGUGCCAGUGUUUUAGCCAGGUAUUCUUAGGAGGGACUGAAGCCUUCCUUCUCCUUGGCACUUGCCUGCAGAUCUUCCCUGCUAGUUUUCCACAACCCUGUCCUGCUGACAUCAGGCAGCUAGAGAACACUGUUCACUGGGGACAAAAUGGAGGAUGAAUAGCUUGCUCUGUGUUUUGUACAGCCCUUUCCUCUCCUGCUGCUCAGAUAUUUUGCACAUAAUUCCUUCCCAUUCACUUGUAGAGGAGAAUUGAGCCAGCUUGUCUGUGUGGAGAUGCUGGGAGACAAGCUGGUUAGCACAGUUCCUGCACUUCCAUUUGUUGCUGUCUCCACUGUACUUGCAAUUGUCCUGGGUAAUUGCAGGAGCAUGGAGGAAAUUGCACGGGAAAAGUGAUCUGGGUUAAAAAAUAAAUUUAAUAUUACAAAUUUAUAUGCAUGCAUAUGCAAAUAUGUAGUCAUUUCCUGGCACUGUUGAGGUGGGGGAAUGCAGUGCUUAUUGGCAGGGGAGCAAUAAGGAGCUGAUGGGAAUGGUGGAGAGCAGCAAGGAGGUAGCGUGUCAGAGGUUGCCUUGAAAAAUCACAUCCUGGAUCUCUAACAGGUCUUCUCUAAAAGACCUUCACAAUCCAAGGAUGGUUAUUUUCAGUAGUCUGAUUUCAGCAACUCCUUUUUCUGUUUGGCCUGAUAAAUAAGUGCUUGUGUUGAUAAGCUGCAAUAUAGGAGCAAAAAUGAGCAUCUGGAAUGGGGCUGUGGGAUUUGAAAUUUCUUAAUCAGGUCUGUCACCAAGUUGGCUUCAUGAACGUGUGUAGCCUUCUGGCAUGGCCCAGUUUCACUGCAGAGCCAGCAGGCUGCUCUGUUGUCUGCACAGUGGACAGGCUGUUUGUCCUGUUAUCUUUCCACUGUGGCAAAAAGUUGUUCCUCCCCUCCCCCCCCCUUACAUGCACUUACUUGCUUCAAACAUCUUUUCCGCUUUGUUUCUGUUUGAUUUGUACAAUGACGUUGGUCUGUUUUCUCAUUUGGCAGAUAACCAUGAGAGCUCUGGGCUGUGAAGUGAGGAAAGCGGAGAUGAAGAGAAUUAUCUCUGAAGUUGAUCAGAAUGGGUCAGGGAAGAUAAACUUUGAGUCAUUUCUGCGGGUGAUGACCCAGAAAAUGGUGUGUGAGCCCAGCUGGUCACAAAGACUGAAAUUCCUCUUGCUUAACUUUACAAUGCAGGCAGAGCCGUUUUCAAAAGAGGAGAUCCUGAAAGGUUUCAAGCUGUUUGAUUAUGAUGGCACUGGCAAGAUCUCCUUUGAGAAACUCAAGCUGGUGGCUGGUGAGGUUGAAGAAGACAUCACAGACGAGGAGCUGCAGGAGAUGAUUGAUGAAGCAGACGUGGAUGGAGAUGGGGAAGUGGAUCCAGAAGAGUUUUUGCGGAUUCUGACAUUGACUGACCUGUAACUACAUGAUUUCCUUUUUUCCUCCCAUUCCACUGUGAACGACUGUUUGCAGUAUCACUUCUUGCCAACUUCUAAAUUUUUUGUGUGUUGCCUUUCUUGAGUGAAAACACGCUGAGAUGUUUCAUUUUUGGUGUUGAUUCUGCUCCAUCACUGCAAGCAGUUUUCUAUAUCCCAGUAAACAGUUAUGUUGCUCGA